CUGUCAAAAUAAAACGCAAUGCAAUAAUAAUAGUUGCUUGUGGCGCUUGUCUGAUGCCACGACGGCUUGGAAUGAAUAAUCGUGUACGAAUUGUUGUAGUUGGCGAUUCGGGUGUGGGCAAAACCUGUUUAACGCACCUAAUUGCCCACAAUGAAUCGCUGACACGGCCGGGCUGGACAGUGGGCUGCAAUAUACAGGUGAAGAUUCACGAGUUCAAAGAGGGUACCGCUCGUCAGUGCCCCUAUUUUAUUGAGCUGUUCGAUAUUGGUGGCUCGCUGAGUCACAAGAACACGCGCAGCGUCUUCUACAGUGGCAUUCAUGGCGUUAUUUUGGUACACGAUCUAACCAACGGCAAGUCGCAGGAGCAGCUGCUGGACUGGCUCUAUGAGAUUGUCAACAAGGAUGGCAAGGAUACGUACAAAUGCCGGUGCACCUCCCUACCGCCCUCGCCACAGCCCAACUAUCCAUCGGAUGCCCAUAUGCGAUUCGAUCUCGAGGAAUUUUUGGGCUCCACCCAAAUACCCAUACUGGUAAUGGGCACCAAGUUAGAUUUGAUCGAUGAAAAGCGUCAACCCAAAACAGCUGUGAAAAAGGCCGGCGGUAUAGCUGACAAAUGUGGCGCCGAGGAGAUCUGGCUGAAUUGUCGAAACACACGCAGCUUGGCUGCUGGUACCACCGAUGCGGUUAAGCUGUCACGCUUCCUUGACUGUGUCAUCGAGAAACGUGAAAGCAACGGCGUACCCAGCACCCACCAUGUAAUGGGUACUAAUAUCAUCGAUAGACGACGACCAACUAGCUCACAGUCCACCAUCCCAGAAAUACCGCUGUAUGCGGCAAAAGCGACAACAGACACAAUUGUACCACUGCUGGAAACCAGCGAUCUGAAAUGAGCAACCCAAUUGUAAUUAAAGCAUAAGAAAUAUAAGAAUUACGUCAGUAUA